GUUAUUAUGUGUAGUUUAUUUAAAACCAAAGAAUUUUUCACAGUAUUCGUGACAUUGUUCAUUCAUUACACAUAACUGUGCACCGAACUCUGCCUCAUGAUAUGAUUUUAGUUUCACUUUGACAGACUAGGUCUUUAAGUCCAGGAAACCACUGGAUUCAACGUGAAAUAAGCAUUGCGAACUGGGCCCUUUGGCAAGUGGGUCAGCCAUACACAUCACUGGCUAAGUUUAGCGGCUAACGUUAGCUCGUUGAUAGCGUUCUCCAACCCUGCCUCGUCCUUAUCAUUCUUAACCUGUUUUUGACGGAACAGAACUGAAUCCAGUUGAUGAUCAUCCUUAACAACUGCCACAAUGUCACGUGUAAUAAGCAGAUAUGUUUCACUAGCUCGUUUAAUGUUGUUUCAACCGACAUUUGCUGCACCUCCCAAAGCGUUCCCGGGUCAGGUUUUAAUGCCCUCCUCCCGUAAUGUUGCGAGCAGCGCUAGCGCGACGAUACGUUUCGCUAGGAGAUAUCAACGCUAGCUUGUAAAAUACGACCAAUCUGUUUCACUGUGUGUAUUGCUUUUAUUUAUUUGGACGGACUACCUCGAUUAGAUAACGACACUGCUACUAAUCUGUGGUAUUUAUGAUAUCGCAAAGCAGGUGGAGUGGCUAACAGUUAGCUAGCUACCGUCGUGUAAUGUACCGUUACCGCUAUCUAACGGUACAUUCGUUAGCUAGGCCAGCAAAAGCAACAACUGGCUUUCGUGUAUAAACCGCCGUAUGGGUGUUGGCAAUCAACAUCUGCAAUUUUUAUAAUCGACAAAAAUGGGUGUCUUCUAUUGUGGGGUAUUAAUUGCGUGUUUUAUUCAUUUUCAACAGCUGUACCACGGCCCGCCCAGGCUGACGAGCCUGUCAGAACAAAGUGUCAUGGAAUCCGACCGUCGGUUAGCUCGUUGGCUAGCAUUAGCUGCACCGUUAGCUGUACCGUUAUCUAGCAUUAGUUGCUAGCCAGCGAGCUAAACGCCUAGCCUUUCACAAAUCCAGCUAGCCUGCUACGUUAGCUUGAUGGCUUCUCAACAGGAUUCAACCGGACACGAUGAAACAGCCAUUCUAACAUUGAGGAACGAAUGAACGCCUACCACUACAAUGCGCUCCUCAGGGUCUGAAUCAGAGCUGCCCAGUGCUGUCUUAUGUAGUGGCUCAGGAGAUCCUGCUCAGGUGUGCUGAUUGUGGAACAUACCAAGUUUCACUAGGUUGGAGCAGACAGAGGAAGACACAAUGAUGCAACUGCGGACUUUAAUCUUCACAUAUGUUAUUCUCCCAUGGAUCCUGUCCUCUGCAGCAAAGGGUGAAUACAUGGAAGCGAGAAAACCCAAGCCAGGCGUUGUGCCCUAUCCAGACUAUGAAGAACCAGCCACAGACCCAGCGGGGGAUCCAAAAGCUGAGGAGCUGCCGACAUGUCUGCUGUGUGUUUGCCUGAGUGGAUCCGUUUACUGUGAGGAGGUGUCCCCUGAAAUGUCAGCUGUCCCUGCACUGCCAAAGGAAACAGCAUACCUCUAUGCACGUUUCAACAAAAUCACAAGAAUACGCAACAGUGACUUUGCGGACAUGGCCCCAUUAAGAAGAAUUGACCUCAGUGGGAAUCUCAUCUCUGAGAUUGAAGAUGGAGCCUUUUCAAAACUUCCUGAUCUCGAGGAGCUCAUUCUUGCAGAAAACAAACUGACUAGACUUCCCAUCCUGCCCACCAAACUAGUGUCAUUUAAUGCUAAUUUCAACAAGCUAAAAACCCAGGGUGUAAAGGCAACUGCUUUUAAGAAACUUACGAGACUGGCGUAUCUGUACCUUGGAAACAAUGAACUCACAGCAGUGCCCCAACUUCCAGAGUCCCUAAACAUUGUGCACCUGCAAAACAACAAGAUCUCAGCUAUAACAGAUGAGACAUUCUGCAAAGGAAACACCAGUUACUACAUCCGGACUAACAUGUACCAGGUGAGACUGGACGGGAAUCCCAUCCAGCUUUCAAAGCACCCCAACAGCUUCAUCUGUCUGGAGACUCUCCCUAUUGGAUGGUACAACUGAAGUGACCAAAGCAUGCAUUUGUCAGAGGUAAACCUUGGAGUGGAAGUUCUUUUGAAAACUGAUAGUAAAAAUAACAAAUGCAAAAUAGAGUUCUUAAGUUAGAUUUUAUCUUCUCAAAUCUACCUACAGUCCAACACCUCUUUACAGAAAUCACAUAAUUACAUUUCUUGUGUCUUAUCAAAUGCUUUCUGUCGAUAUUAACGAAUCUGUGCAAAAUCAUCCAUGAAAUCUGUAAAUAAAAAGAAGCUUUGUGUUUUUUUUCAUUUUUUUUUUUUUAUAAUAUGGCUGAGACUGUUUUCUCUUGGUUUAACAGAAAAUCAACACAGACUUUGUUAAAUCAAUAUCAGACUGUUGUUGAGAUCAUUUCAUUGUUCACAGUGAUAUUAUUACUGUUAAUGCUUGUUAAACUGUAGAUCAUAUUAACAAUAAAACCUGCAUGUUGGAAGCCAUUUCUCCAUCAGCUCUUCACUCUUGACUCCUUAAAAACAUUUACAAAUGUGAUAUGGUUGUUGUAACCCAAUAACGUGCUAUGAAGUCCAUUCCAGACAAGAAUUAAUCCAAGAAUGUGUCCUUGGACGACACUUGUAAAAUCCACAUUAUAUCAGCCUGUCAUUCACUUGGCUGCUGGCUCAUUGUGAGCGUUCAACCCCUCUGUUAUCUUCUGCUGGUACUCCCGUUCUGAUUGUUUUCUCCGGUAGACAUCAU